AUGGUGGGUAUGCCCAUGCCGGCAGACGACAAACUCAAGGAGGCGCAGAGAAAAAAGCCGCCGGGGCAUAAGGACGACAAGGUCACUACAGUCUUCGUGGGAGGCCUUCGUAAGAGCACAACCGAAGACAAAGUCAUCGGCCACUUCUCCAAGUUCGGACAGGUGGACAACGUAGACAUCAAGCGGCUUCCCGAUGGAACUUCGCGAGGGUUCGCCUUCGUGAAGUUUGUAGACAGGGAAUCCGUUGACAAGGUGAUAGAAGCCAAGUCGAGCCAUAUGAUCGACAACAAAUGGGUUGCCGUUAGACCGCACGGAGGCUCUGCUUUUGCAGCUGCACAAAACGCAGAAAGAAGUAAGCAGGCGGAGGAGAUCCGCAAGAAGGAGAAGCACGAGGAUGACCUCCAACAGGAGGACUACGAGGAGAAGUGGUCUGAGCGCUACUUGCAGCAGGCCGCCUCCAUGCAGAAGGCCGCAUGA